AUGGCGUCAUGGGACCACCUAGGCGUGUGGAUGCACUUUACGUACGUGUCGUUUUUGAUUGGCCACCACAGCGUCCGGUUGGGCGCCGGCAACGAAAUCGACGGCUCGAUCGCAGCACGGACGAUUACGGUUGUGUAUGGCCAGUACCUUGCGCUCGAAGACAUUCUUAAGCAAUAUGGGCACCGCAACAACAAAGACAAUCCUGGUCGCUGGCGGUAG